CGGCGGGAUACCCGGAACCCGCCGGGGCGGGGCGAAGAGGCAGCUGCCCGCUCAGGUCGCGGAGGCGGCGGCUGCACCGCGCGCGCGACCCGUCCGUCUGUCUGGGUGUCUGUCUGUCCGCCCGCCCGCCCAGCCAUGGCCGCGCCGCGGAACCUGUUGCUCCUGGUCCUGCUGCUGCUGCUGCUGCCGCCGCCCCCGGGGGCCCAUGGCGAGGUGUGUGUGGAUUCCAGUGGAUACAACCUCUACCCCAAGACCUGCCCUGUUUUUUGCUGUGGCACCUGUUACAACCAGUACUGCUGCUCCGACAUACUGAAGAAAUUUGUAUGGGCCAAGGAGAGUUGUGAGGACAGUUUAGCUGGUGUCAGGAAGAGUUUGGAGGAGGCGGAGCAGCUGGCCUCGUCGCUGAGCUUUAACUCGGACAUGAUGGACAGAGACGUGCCAGGGUUCGGGGCUACUGUUGCGGUCGGCGUGACCAUCUUCGUGCUCUUCAUCGUCACCAUCAUCGCCUGCUUCACCUGCUCCUGCUGCUGUCUGUACAAGAUGUGCCGCCGGCCUCGCCCGGUCGUGACCACCACCACGUCCACCACCGUGGUGCACGCCCCCUACCCUCAGCCUCCAAGCGUACCGCCCACCUACCCGGGGCCGUCGUACCAGGGCUACCAGCCCAUCGCCCCCCAGCCAGGGAUGGUGGCAGCACCCUACCCGACGCAGUACCCACCGCCCUACCCGGCCCAGCCCACGGGCCCACCAGCCUACCACGAGACGCUGGCUGGAGGCGCAGCCACACCCUACCCCCCCAGCCAGCCUCCUUACAACCCGGCGUACAUGGACCCCCCAAAGGCCGCCUACUGAGCGCACACCUGCAUCUCCGGUUGCCACUUGAUGCGUCGUGUGUGUGUGUGUGUGUGUGUGUGUGUGUGUACACGGCUCUGCAGGCACGGCCCUUUUCUCCCCGUGCAGGAUGUGUGUGUGGUGUUUGUGCACUCGUGAUGCUGACAAGGUGGGGACAAUCCUGCCAGAGUUGCUGGGACCAUUCUCUUGUUCUCUUCCUCACUUCAAAUGAAGCUUCCUUGAAAUCUCAAACGAAAUGCAAAGAACGGGGCGGGGGUUCGUGGCCAGGCCGCCCCAGGGAGACCAGGCGGGACUUGUCCUGCUGGGAUGGCGCAGUUCUGUGCGUCCCUUUGAAGAACUGGAGCUGUGAUGCAGGGGAGCGGGCGGGGCCCGAGCCCGGCUGAGCCGGGUUCUGAUCCUCGGAGCCCAUGUCGCGUGCGCCCAGUGGGGGGCACUUCUGACAUCAGAACGCCCCGCCCGCCCACCAGCUGUGCGCCUGGACUACUCCUGCGGCCUUCCUGGGACCGCCUGGAGGCUCACAUCACGUGGCUCUGGCCCCCUCCCAACAGGUGGCAGGGUGGCCUCUGUCCACCUGCACACUCAGGUGUCCUCCCUGCAGUGUUUUUGUUUUACUUUCAGCCAAACAUGUUGCCUGUUUUCUCCUCUAAAGUGUGUGAGGUAGCUGCUCCGAGGCCUAAGCCCGGGGUCCCGGGGGGAGGUGGGCGCACGGGGAGGGACCGUCCAACCCCGACAGUCCCUGCCUCCCUCGGGCCAGCCUCGGCGCAGCCAGCUCUGUGCUCCCGUCCGUCCUGGCCUCGCAGCGCGGCCACCUGGACCAAAGAUGGCAGGGGGCCCCGGUGGCUGCUGGCCCGGACACGGAUACCUCGGUGUUCCUCCGUCCCUCUGUUACUGUCUCGCCAGAUCUGCCUCAGCUCUGUACCUGUCAAUGUGUGUCUGAGUCCUGGGUCUGUGCCUCUGUUUACAAUAAACUCGGACUUUUGGAGCUGC